CCCACCAACAUCUCACCCUCUGUCUCUCUCUCUCUCUCUCUCUCUCUCUCUCUCUCUGACUCUCUCUAAAGCCUAAAACCCUCUCUGUGUCUCACUUUGUAAAAGGCCCCGAGAGUUAGGAUUUUGGGCGCUAAAUGGCUUUGUCUCAGUCUCAGACGAAGAAAAAGCAAGUGCACCUUUUCUACUACCCGGAGUGCGAGGACCUCGCCCGAAACGUCGCUGCUCAGUCCGACAAUAUCACUCUCCAAACCAUCAAAUGGAGGAAUUUUGAUGAUGGAUUUCCAAACAUUUAUAUUAAUGAUGCACAAGAUCUGAGAGGUCAACAUGUUGCCUUUCUUGCAUCCUUCAGCUCCACAGGAGUUAUCUUUGAGCAGCUUUCUGUCAUAUAUCUACUCCCACGGCUGUUUGUUGCUUCCUUCACAUUGGUCUUGCCUUUCUUUCCAACUGGCUCCUUUGAGCGAAUGGAAGAUGAAGGGGAUGUAGCAACCGCAUUUACGUUAUCAAGGAUGUUGACAAAUAUACCCAUAUCGAGAGGUGGCCCUACUAGUUUAGUCAUCUUUGACAUCCAUGCUUUGCAGGAAAGAUUUUAUUUUGGGGACCAUGUUUUGCCUUUGUUUGAGACUGGUAUUCCUCUCCUAAAGCAGCGACUUCACGAGCUCCCUGAUGCUGACAAUAUUGUUGUUGCAUUUCCAGAUGAUGGAGCUUGGAAGCGAUUCCACAAGCUUUUGGAUCAUUUUCCCAUGGUGGUGUGCACAAAGGUUCGUGAAGGUGAUAAGAGAAUAGUACGGCUCAAGGAAGGAAAUCCUGCUGGUUGUCAUGUAGUCAUUGUUGAUGAUUUGGUCCAAUCUGGAGGCACCCUGAUUGAAUGCCAGAAAGUUUUGGCAACUCAUGGUGCAGCAAAGGUGAGUGCUUAUGUGACCCAUGGGGUGUUUCCUAAGCGGUCAUGGGAGAGGUUCACUCACAAGGAUGAAGGCUCGGAAAAGGCCUUUGCCUACUUUUGGAUAACAGAUUCUUGCCCCCUUACUGUCAAAGCCAUAGCAAAUAGAGCUCCUUUUCAAGUGUUGAGUCUUGCAGGAUCAAUUGCUGAUGCUCUACAAACUUGAAAAGAUAUUUGUAGGGACUUAAGAUAUAGAGGGAAGGGAAGGGAAGGGAAGAAAUGCAUCUCUGCUACAACUUGUGAAAGUGAAAGCAGGCUAAUAGUGGUUUUAUUUUUAUUUUUAUUUUUAUUUUUUAUUUUAUUUUUUAAGGCAAAACACUGUUCAAGAAGCCUAUUUCGUGAUUUAUGUUACUGACGCAAAAAAGCAAAUUCGUUGAACGUUUUGUCCUCUGUAAUCACCAUAUCUUCGAAUAUGAGUGCAAAUGAAUCCCUUGAGAAUUAGGGUGACAAUUUGCGUUCGAAUUUUCUCAAUGUCUCAAGACAUUGAUAUAAGAUUAUAUAUGUCAAUUUAAACUCGGUCGAUUUAAUCAAAUGAUAUCAAACCUUUCAAUCUUAA